CUCCUUCUGACAAGAUGCUGCUCCUUCUACUGGGAAUUGUCAUCCUGCAUGUCGCAGCCCUAGUCCUCCUGUUUGUGUCAACAAUUGUCAGCGUAAGUAAACCAUCUGUAUCAAUGAAUUAUCUGAUCAUCAAUAAUCCAUUAUUGCUUAUCUCAUUUACAAUAAUCAUUCCAAACAUACUUUUUUUUAUACAUUAACCAAUAGCCUAUUGUAUUUGAAAAUCAAUAGUUUGUUUUAAUUCAUUGACAUCUCUGCUAUCUGUAAAGGUGUUUUCUAUCAGGUUUCAGUGUUCUCUUGUUAGUAGCAGCACUGUGUUGUUUAUCCUCUAGGCCUGGGCAACCGGGUCCACAAGCAGCUCAGACCUCUGGAAUAACUGCUCUACAACCAAUGGAGGAUACCACUGUGAGCCGGCCAACACUGGAGGUAAGAUACAGUACAGACUGACUUUGUACAUCUGCCGCUGUGGCUUGUUUUUUUUUUCAGCAAGUCACAGUCGUUCUGUCUCAUUCUGCAUGAUGAUGAUGCUGAUGAAGCCUCCUCUUGUCCAAUAGUAAACUUAUUUUGAAAGGAUAUACUGUAGAUAUGUAUUUCUAGACUCUGUAAAUUGGGUAGUCUGAUAUUUGACAUCAAGCUGGGUGUUGAUUCUUCUGGGGUGUGUCUUGAGAAUAAGUUCAGCACUGUUGGUUGACCGAAAGAUCGUAGACAGUAAGACAUGGAAAGACCAGAACUGUGAUUAACUAUAACUGUCUUAAACCCUGAAAGCCCACCCACUCACUCUCUAGUUUACCUGUGCUGCUGAAGGGCGUGUCAGGCGCCACUGUGACUCUACUGCCAUCUAGGGGUGAGGAUGUGAACCUACAGCUUAGAGUUCCCACUGUUCAUAGGCUCUCCUCUGUAUAAAUAGUCAUGGUGUGAUGUCCAUAUUCAAGCCCCAUGUUUGGGAGGCCGUAGUGGUGGGAUGAAGGUUUAGGGUGGCGUAGGUGUAGGGUGGGGCUUUGUAGGGUAUUUCAAGUGUUCGAUCUGGGGAGGUGUGUGUGCAGCAGACAUGGUGGCCUUGGACCACCCCAUGUAGAACAUAGUGUGCUGACAGCCCUGGUCACGCCCAUGUAUCAGAUUGUGUGUACAGCGAGAUCAUUAACUAAACGAGAGACCUAGCAGCUGUGUGUGUGUUUGUGUCUAUGAGACAGAUUUAUACCAAAGCCAACAGUGGUUGGAGGGAAAGACUGCAACAAGAUUGCAACAAUACCAUAUUAAACGAGAAAAGUUAUAAAUGUACCCUACAUGACCAAAAGUAUGUGGACACCUGCUCGUCGAACAUCUCAUUCCAAAAUCAUGGUCAUUAAUAUUGGUUCCAUUCAGCCACGAGCAUUGGUGGGGUCAGGCACUGAUAUUGGGCGAUUAGGUCUGGCUCGCAGUCGGCGUUCCAAUUCAUCCCAAAGGUGUUCGAUGGGGUUGAGGUCAGGGCUCUGAGCAGGCCAGUCAAGGUCUUCCACACCGAUCUCGACAAAUCAUUUCUGUAUGGACUUCGCUUUGUGCAUGGGGGCAUUGUCAUCCUGAAACAGGAAAGGGCCUUCCCCAAACUGUUGAUACAAAGUUGGAAGCACAUAAUCAUCUAGAAAGUCAUUGUAUGCUGUAGCUUUAAGAUUUCCCUUCACUGGAACUAAGGGGCCUAGCCCGAACCAUGAAAAACAGCCCCAGACCAUUAUUCCUCCUCCACCAAACUUUACAGUUGGCACAAUGCAUUUGGGCAGGUAGCGUUCUCCUGGCAUCCACCAAACCCAGAUUUGUCCAUCGGACUGCCAGAUGGUGAAGCGUGAUUCAUCACUCCAGAGAACACGUUUCCACUGCUCCAGAGUCCAAUGGUGGCGAGCUUUACACCACUCCAGCCGAUGCUUGGCAUUGCGCAUGGUGAUCUUAGGCUUGUGUGCGGCUGCUCGGCUAUGGAAACUCCCUGACGUUGCUUCCAGAGGCAGUUGCUUCCAGAGGCAGUUGCUUCCAGAGGCAGUUGCUUCCAGAGGCAGUUGCUUCCAGAGGCAGUUUGGAACUCGGUAGUGAGUGUUGCAAGCGAGGACAGACAAUUCUUACGCGCUACGCGCUUCAGCACUCGCCGGUCCCAUUCUUUGAGCUUGUGUGGGCUACCACUUCGCUGCUGUGCCGUUGUUGCUCCUAGACGUUUCCACUUCAUAUUAACAACACUUACAGUUGACCGGGGCUGCUCUAGCAGGGCAGAAAUUUGACAAACUGGCAUUUUGGAAAGGUGGCAUCCUAUGACAGUGCCACGUUGAAAGUCACUGAGCUCUUCAGUAAGGCCAUUCUACUGCCAAAGUUUGACUAUGGCGAUUGCAUGGCUGUGUGCUUGAUUUUAUACACCUGUCAGCAACGGGUGUGGCUGAAAUAGCCGAAUCCACUAAUUUGAAGGUGUGUCCACAUACUUUUGUUUAUAUAUACUGUAUUUGCAGUAGAAUAUCUUACCAUUUCCGGAAACAUGAUUCUAGAGGCACUGUAAUACUAUAGAACUUGUGUUCAAUAGCUUAAUGUAUUGCCUUAGAGACCCAGUACUACAGUACUAACUGCAGUAGCCUCGAGCCCAACAGUCCGUAGCUAGCUGCCUGGUGAUGUCAUGUGUCUAGAAUGUGCAGGUGGGUCUUGGGCCCCGGUGUGUGUUGUCAAUGAGACAGGCAGCAGAGCCAACAGCGGGCCCAAGUUCUCUCUCUUUCUCUUUCUCUCUCUCUCUCUCUCUGCCAGGUGGAUUCAUGGAACAGCCUGUUUGUUUGAUUUGCUGUGCACUGUGUUUGUAUAGGGAGGCACGUGUGUGUGUGUGUGUUAGUGUGUGUGUUCUGUUACGAGGGAUCGAGGGGAAGAUAGUGGAAUCUGUACUCAAGUGCACGGGCGCAGCCUGGCCCAGUCAAUCAGUAGUGCUCAAAGGCCCCUGGAGUGCUUUGCAGCGCAAUCAGUACAUCUGGCAUGCCUGGACUGGGAGAGCUAAACAUGAGGACAGAGUAUACUGAGUAUACAUGAGGCUCAGUAUACUGAGAGGGCGGGAUGGUGGUGGAGGCACGACCGACGGUCACACCCACUGGGUGGCCUUUUUAUUUUUAAUCUUGCUAUUAGGACUUAAGUUAUGUAGUUACGCAUAGUUUAUAUUGGGGAUUGGUUUAUGUUUUGUCAAUGUUGUUCACACUUGACCUGACUUUGCCCCUGAAAUGGGAAUCCAGUCUUAGUUUGUAUCACAAAUUAGAGUUAAGCAAAGUCCACACCAGGGAUGCUCCUUACUGUAUGUUACAGUUAUUACAUGUCAUGGAAACACAACAGCUGGGAUGAUCUCUACUGUAGCCACAAGCUAGCCGUACCUUCAGGCUCUGAUCAGUCCCUACACCCAAACGAGGGCAUUGCGUUCAUACACCUCUGGCCUGCUGGCUCCCCCUCCUCUGCGGAAGCAUAGUUCCCGCUCAGCCCAGUCAAAACUGUUCGCUGCUCUGGCACACCAAUGGUGGAACAAGCUCCCUCACGACGCCAGGACAGCGGAGUCACUCACCACCUUCCGGAGACAUUUGAAACCCCACCUCUUUAAGGAAUACCUGGGAUAGGAUAAAGUAAUCCUUCUACCCCCCCAAUCCGAAUGCAUUGUACAGCCAAGUUAUCGUUACUUAUUGUGUAUUUAUUAGGGCUGUCCCCGACCCCCAACAAAUCUUGGUCAACCGAGAGUCGUCUGUUCUUUCGACUAAUCGAUUGGCCAAAUUUUUCAACGUGUAUCUUUUUUCCAUAUAUUGACACAUCCUAUGUGUUUUAAUCAAAUCAAUUAUAUUCACUGAGCUUGUCUGAUGCGUUAAGCACACUGUUUAAUUAAAUAAUUAAGACACAUAUGACUAGAGGGACUCCGACCAGCAUUUUAUUUGAUUGUGCUAGGCCGGGCUCAGACUUGCUGCACUGUGUUAAAAAAAAAAAAGACAGCGUGUGACUCCCUGCUGCAGCGACCACCACAGAACAUCAAAGUGUUUAUCGCACUGUCCAUGUUGCUGAAGCUGCAACAUAAGUACAGCCAUUGAUGACUGAAAAGUUCUGUCAUUAUGGGGUAUUGUGUGUAGAUUGAUGAGGGGGGAAAAAAAAUACGAUUUAAUCAAUUCGGCUGUAACGUAACAAAAUGUGGAAAAAGUCAGUCUGAAUACUUUCCGAAGGCACUGUAUAUUGCAGAACAACAAAGGAUAAUGUAACAUCAUAUCAUGUUCAGGCCUAUACAUUCCAGUAUUAUCGUUAUGAGAGCUGUUUUGUAUUGGUUUUGUGUAACACUUUCGUGGAUAUAAAUAGUGUUUGUCGUAUUGCUGUACAGUGGAUGGGUUCAAUAAUAGUGUUGUUUGCUAUUUCUUCUGUCAUAUAUCCUAUCUAGUGUGCUCUGCUCUGGGGUGAGUGCAGCAUGGGGACAGACAGAAUUGUCUUUCUGGGUAACCUGACUCUUUGAUGGCCUCAUCGAAUCCAUCAAACCCUGUUGUCAUUUCCCCAAACCUCUCAUGAGAAGAUGCAUUAGUUUCCUGGAAAACUACGGGUGCAUCAUGGGAGAUUUAUAAACAAUCUACAAAGGGAUGUCAACCGACGAAACGUAUGAAUUAGUAAUGUGUUUGCGGACUGAGUACUUUUGCUGGUGGUGUUUGUGGUCACGCAAGGUCGCCACAAAGCCAACUGUCUCCUUACUUCAACAUUAUUCACGCAUCUACUUCUUAGCCACAUUCAUUCAUUAAGGUUUCUUAACCAGUGAUGCUAAGGCAGCCUGAGCAGGGCCUCCAAACCACUGGAUUCGUGAUUUAAUUAAAUUCCUGUAAAACAAGCAUGCACAGUAAGUUUGGUACCUGACAGAUUACUCCAAACUCAAAUACUGAGACAUGGAGGAUGCAUGAUAUGUACUGAGACUGGAACCUUCUCCUCCUACUUGACUAUGGUCCAGUGUCUUUUGUAUCCUAUGGGGGCAUGCAGGUCUGUUUUGGAUCUGUAGAGGUAAAGCUCCAGCAGAAAACAUGUUGCAUGGGUAGCGUCAGCCACCAAAAGGGGACUGCACCAGACAGCUAAACAUGAGAUGAGAGGGAGAGAGAUGUGUGAGGAAUGGCUUCAGAGAGGGAUAUAGCUAGGGAGCUGGCUUAGGAAACCUGAGAGUGAAUGCAAACUGCAUUCAUGACCCUCAGACAAGAAAUAGACCCGCUUGGAAGUCCAGGCAUUCCAGACGUAGAUAGCGCUACAAACACAGCACUAACACACACAGAGUGGUGGGGGGAUAUGUCUCAAAGUCCCUGUCUGUCAAUACAGGUUACUAUAAUGGGUUAACAGGGCUUUCUGUAAGCUGGCCUUGGAACAGUGGUAGGUAGCCGGAUGUUCAAAGUGUUAGGGGCCUCUCUGUAUUAUUGAGUACGCUACAAUACUUUCAUGAACAGAAUACCUAUGUAGGUACCAUUAUUGUAAAUCCAUUAAAGAUUCCAGGCAACUAAAAGACUCAUUCCCUGUCUGGCCAGACCAAAACAUUUAGCUGAUUAACAAUUCCAGAGUUCCAGUCUCAAAAAGUGGUUGCUUUAGUGUUGCAACCUCGGCAUGAUUCGGUUACCAUGUUGUAUAAAAAGUUAAGUUGAUGUAUAGAAGUGAGUCUAAUGAGUCCAUGUCCAUGUUCAUGUAUAGCCAAUUCAUAUCCAUGUACUGUAUAGCCAUGUAUAGUCCAUGUAUCCUGUGUGGUCCUCUGUAGCUCAGUUGGUAGAGCAUGUCUCUUGCAACACCAGGAUAGUGCGUUCACGACCAACCAUAUGUAAAAAAUGUAUGCACACAUUACUGUAAGUCACUUUGGAUAAAAGCAUCUGCUAAAUGGUAUAUAUUAUUAUGUAUAAUUGACUGACAAUCUCCCUCUCUCUUCCCUGCAGAGUGGAUCCAGGCAGUGCAGGCCCUGAUGAUCCUGUCCAUCAUCUUCAGCUUCAUCUCUCUCUUCCUGUUCUUCUGUCAGCUCUUCACCCUGCAGAAGGGAGGACGCUUCUUCGUCACCGGAGUCUUCCAGAUCCUCGCCAGUGAGUACCCAUUUUGUCAUCCAGAAAAACAAAACUGAAACAGAGACAUAUUCAGAAUUUUACACUACACUCUUAGAAGUAUAGGUGCCUGGAAGAACCUGAAAAGGUUAUUUGAGGAACCCCUAUGUAAAGAUUCAAACCAGAACCUUUUUGUGAUUGGAGGGGUUACAUUUUUAACCUUUGUUGUAUAUUGGAGAGGUGACAGCCUAUCAGAUAGGAGGUGUGGCUUAUUGGAGGCAUAGCUUUCAGAUCGUUAUUUUUGGUCACACAUUAAUGUCAUUCCUGUUCAUCAUGUUAAGUUUGUACUCUGCAAAUUUAAAAUGUUCCUUGAAUGCAUAUUACAUAUUCUAAUAUGAUGUCAUUGCUGAUUACAUAUAGUAAUAAAGUGCUAACUAUUCCAACUUUGGGAUUUGCAUAUGCUCUUGAGGAACUCAAACACCUCUGUUAGCCUCAUUGAAACUACCCAUGUUCAACCUUAGCAUGCAGUGACAACAGAACAGAUGAACUGGAAUGACAUUUACUCUAACGGGUGACCAAAGAAAGAUAUAUUUUACAGCCACGCUCCUACUAAGCCACGCCUUUACUCCAGGGUUCCUCCUAGAACCCAUUGCUACAAUACGGGUUUAUCCUUUGUUUAUUGUAUUCCAUGCCCUUUGGCUAUGGAUAGACACCUCUUCUAGUCUAUUGUGUCAAAGGACUGCCAAUGUCAAACCUCCCAGGUUGGCACUGUAGACCAUGCCAGUGGGCACAGAGACAAUCACACAAGUGGAAAUGGCAAGACAGGCAAUGUAGGGGGUGAACAACUAAACAUCAACAAAGAGACAAUGCCAUGACAUGCCACUUCACAGUGGGCAGGGUUGGGGAACUUGGAAUUAGGCCAAGGUUAUAGAUGAGGAAGCGACAGAGGCCUGUUUAUGGUUAAAUAGCCACCAUCUCCCCCAAUGCUGCCCAGCAGGGUUCAUAGUAGGACACAUAAAAAAAAUGCACAGAUUGUGAUGAUGACAUGACACACAAUAAUUUCAUCUUCAGGUUCAAAUGGAAUUAACUGUAUUGUAAAUUAUGUAAACAUUUCCUCUCCUCUUCCAGGUCUGUUUGUGAUGAGUGGAGCAGUGAUCUACACAGUGAUGAGUCCGCAGUGGGUGCCUGCAAUGGAGGCCUUCGGCUGGGCUUAUAUCCUGGCCUGGGUGGCCUUCCCUCUGGCCUUGAUCAGCGGACUCAUCUACGUCAUCUUGAGAAAACGGGAA